AUGACUGUUCAAGUUGUUAGUCGUGUAGAAGUAUCAUCAUCAUUGGAUGAUACACUAAUUGGUCAUUAUUAUCCAAAUCGAGCACCACUUCAACCAGUUCCAUUUCAAAAACUUCCACCUGGUUCCAUUGAACCACAAGGUUGGUUACUUGGUCAAUUAAGAUCACAAAUCAAUGGUUUAAAUGGUAAACUUUGGGAAAUAUCUGAUUAUCUUGUUUAUGAACAAUGUGGUUGGGUUGAUCCAACGAAAUCAGCUUGGGAAGAAUUACCAUAUUGGUUACGAGGAUUUGCUGAUCUUGGUUUUGUAACAGGUGAUCAAAAUGUUUUAACAUUAGCAUAUCGUUGGAUUGAUGGAAUAUUAAGUAGUCAACAAUCUGAUGGAUGGUUUGGUCCAAAUGCUUUACGUACAUCACUUGAAGGUGGCCCUGAUUUAUGGCCAGCAAUGCCAUUAUUACAUGCUUUUCGUUCAUUUUACGAAUAUACAAAUGAUGUUCGUGUUAUACCAUUUCUUUUAAAAUAUUUUCAAUUUAUUAAUCAACAACCAAUCGAUGUAUUUUCUCGUGGUUGGAGUUAUACACGAUGGUCAGAUAAUAUGGAUACAAUUAUUUGGUUAUAUAAUCGAACAACUGAUACAAAUUGGUUACUUGAUUUAAUUAAAAAAAUUCAUUCAAAUUCAGCUAAUUGGUUGACAAGUAUACCAACAUGGCAUAAUGUUAAUAUUGCACAAGGAUUUCGUGAACCAGCAAUAUAUUCACUUGUUGUUAAUCCAUUUGAUCCUCGUUUUAUUCAAGCAACAUAUGAUGAUUAUCAAAUUGUUAUGAAUCAAUAUGGACAAUUCUCAGGUGGAGGUUUUGCUGGUGAUGAAAAUUGUCGUGUUGGUUAUGGUGAUCCUCGACAAGGUUUUGAAACAUGUGGUAUUGUUGAAUUUAUGUAUAGUUUUGAAAUUCUUACAAGAAUAACAGGUGAUGGUAUAUGGAGUGAUCGAUGUGAAACAUUAGCAUUUAAUACAUUUCCAGCUACAUUUGAUCCAUUUGUCGCACGUACUACACAUUAUAUAACUUGUGCAAAUUGUAUUCAACUUGAUGAUCAAGUUAAAAGUCAACAACAAUUUGAAAAUAAUUUUGCUAUGCUUUCAUAUAAACCAGGUAUUCAUCAAUAUCGUUGUUGUCCACAUAAUCAUGGAAUGGGAUGGCCAUAUUAUGCUGAAGAAGCAUGGUUAGCAACAUAUGAUGGUGGUUUAUGUGCAUCAUUAUAUGUAUCAAGUGAAGUAACAGCAUUAGUUGGUCCAAAUGAUGGUAUACAAGUAACAAUUAUUGAAGAAACAGAUUAUCCAUUUGAUGGAAAUAUUCAAUUUCGUUUUCAAUUACCAACAUCAAUACAAUUUAAACUUUAUUUACGUAUACCAUAUUGGUGUAAACAAGCACCAAUACUUUCAUUAAAUGGAAAUAUUUUAUUUAAUGAAAUAACACCAAAUAAUGGUUCAUAUCUUAUUAUUGAUCGUUUGUGGAUAAAUAAUGAUGUUUUAUCAUUAACAUUACCAUUAUCAUUAAGAAUAAAAACUUGGAUAUCAAAUAGUAAUUCUGUUUCAUUAUCUUAUGGUCCUUUAACAUUUUCAUUAGGUAUUAGUGAACAAUAUAAUCGUAUUGGUGGUACAGAUGAUUGGCCAGAAUUUGAAGUAAUAUCAAAAUCAAAUUGGAAUUAUGGUUUAAUUACAACAAAUACAAAUGAAUGGUUAAUUAAACGAAAAAAAAAGAAAAAUAGUUGUGAAAAUCCUUUUACAAUGGAUACUGUACCACUUAAUCUUGAAGUUCGAGCUCGUCGUAUUCUUGAAUGGAAAGCAGAUAGUCAAAAUGUUAUUGGAUUAUUACCACAAUCACCUGUUCAUAGUCAAGAACCUGAUGAAAUACUUACAUUAAUACCAAUGGGUGCAGCACGACUUCGUAUGACUUCAUUUCCUACAAUUGCUCAAUAA